UCCAUGUGAGCCGCCAUCUUUGGAGGCAGAUGAGCGCGCUCUGCUCGUCGUUACUACAAACUUGAGUUCACCGUGGACGCGCAAAUACACGCACACUUCCGUGCGAAUAUGUCCAACAGAAACACGCCGAACAGCGGCUCUCCUCAACCGGGGAGGCGCGGGACCGACUCCCCGGCCAUGGAGCAGCAGCAGGCGGCGAACAAAGACAGCCCGGCACCUCAGCAGCAGCAGCAGCGGCCGGAUGAGGAGGCGUCUCCCGCGGCGGAGCAAGCGGAGGGAGCCGGGGAAGGAAGCGGAGAAGCUCCGGCUAAAAUGACUCUGGAUAUCGCGAGUUUUCGGAGACCUGGAGAGAAGACGUUCACGCAGCGGUGUCGCCUGUUCGUCGGCUGUUUGCCGCUCGACAUCCCCGAGGAAGAGUUCACCAACAUGUUCGCCAAAUAUGGGAACGUGAACGAGGUGUUCAUCAACAGAGAGCGGGGCUUCGGCUUCAUUCGCCUGGAAACCAAGACGCUGGCAGAGAUCGCUAAAGCAGAGCUGGACGGGACGAUUCUGAACAAUCGACCAAUCAGGGUCCGGUUUGCGACACACGGCGCCUCCCUCUCGGUCCGCAACCUUCUGCCCGUCGUGACCAACGAGCUGCUGGAGCAGGCGUUUUCUCAGUUUGGACCCGUGGAGCGAGCCGUCGUGGUGACAGACGACCGCGGGCGUCCCACGGGGCGGGGCAUCGUGGAGUUUGCGAACAAGGCGGCGGCGCGGAAAGCUCUGGAGCGCUGCACCGAGGGAGCGCUGCUGCUCACCACCACGCCGUGUCCCGCCAUCGUGGAGCCGUCAGAGCACGUAGACGACGACGAGGGACUCCCUGAGAAGCUGCUGCAGAAAAUCCCAAAGUACCUCAAAGAACGGGAGCAGCCGCCACACUUCGCUCAGCCCGGCACGUUUGACUUUGAGUACUCGUGUCGCUGGAGAGCUCUGGACGAGCUGCAGAAGCAGCAGAAGGAGCAGGUGGACAAAAGCAUCCGCGAGGCCAAAGAGAAGCUGGAGGCGGAGCUGGAGGCGGCCAAACACGAGCAUCAGCUCAUGAUGAUGAGACACGAUCUGAUGAGACGUCAGGAGGAGCUGAGGAGGCUCGAGGAGCUCAGGAACCAGGAGCUGCAGAGACGCAAGCAGAUCGAGAUGAGACACGAGGAGGAGAGGAGGAGGAGAGAGGAGGAGAUGAUGAGGCACAGAGAGCAGGAGGAGCUGAGGAGGCAACCUGGAAACUACCUGGAAAAUAGGGAACAGGAAAUGAGAGCGGGGGAUCUGGGCCCGCGUGGAGAUGGUUACAACCAGGCCUCUGCUGCGCCCGGCGCUAACCAGGGCGCUCAGAUGAUGGGCCUGAGUGGAAGGGGCGGAGCCAUCGGCCCGGAGGGAAGUCCAAACAUGGGCGUGCAGUUAAUGCCAGAGAACGGAGCCAUGAGAAACGAUAGAUACUCGCAGGGUGGAUCAGUGGGGGGUCGGCCUGAGGUCGAGUCACCUAAACAGCAGCAGCAGCAGCAACAGCAGCAACAGCAGCAGCAGCAGCAGCAGCAGCAGCAGCAACAACAACAGCAGCAACAGCAACAGCAGCAGCAGCAGCAGCUCGGCCCUCAAGGAGGAGCAGCCACGGGGUUUGGCAUGGGAAAUCCAGCAGGGGGCGUCUUUGAUGGGCCAAAUAACAAACGCCGCAGAUACUGACCUCAUGGAUCUUUGUUACUGCUUUAUUUUAUUUUUUUAAAAACAUGUCUUCUGUUUAGGAUGUAGUUGUUCAUUUUGUGGAAAAAAACUGAAUCUAAUGGCUUUUUUAAUGUUUACUUCAGCAAAUAAUGUGAAUUUAAGUGAUUGUUAGGGUUAGUGUGGAUGAGUGAAUCAGCUGACUCACCAGCACAAAGAAUCACUGAUUUUAGACACUUAACUUAAGACAGACUUUUCCAACAGGAAAACUGAACUUUGUAAACCACUCACUCUCCCACACCAAAGCCCAUAGAGAAAAUCAGUGAUUUUAACAUCACAGCACACAGGAGUUGUUGAUCCACUGCUGCCUCCAUCACUAAGUUCAAACAUCUUAUUCUGUCAAAUUCGGCAUCUGAAAUCCUUCGUUCACUUUAACUUCAAUGACACAAAGUGACCACACGAGGCAGCAGCAGACCAGCAGCUCCUGUGUCCCUGCGAGCUAAAAUCAGUGAUUUUCUCUAUGAGGUUUGGUGUGGGAGAGUGAGUGGUUUACAAACUUUUCUCUCAGGACCUCACAAACCCACGCUUGAAAAUAACAACCUAAACCAUUAUUUUUUAAAGGUGCAGUGCAUAGAAUUAAGGAGGCUCUAUGAACUGAAUUUGAACAGAAUAUUUACAACUAUGUUUUGAUUUAUUUAUUAUAUUAUAGAAAAAUGAAAUAAGAACAGUUGUGUUUUUGUUAACUCAGAUCGUGCAGACGCUGACAUCUGCUCAGUCUGCUGUGUUUGUACAGGAGGCUUUUCUACGAUUGUUCGCAGCCUCCGUAGUUUCUCUUACACACUAUAUGCGAUAGUUGCAAUCUGCAACUUCACCACCAGAGGUCACUAAUCCUACACGGGUCACACCUUUAAGGUGACAUCAGGAGCAGAACCUCGGCCUAUGUUGUUUUUUUAAAGCAAAGAUAACCUACAGAAAUCGAAUACUUUUGCUAACAUGAGAAAACAAAAGUUCACAUUCAGACAUUUAAGAACCUUCAUUUUCACUUUUUCCUCUUAAAAACACAACAGACUUAAAGUGGAGGUUUCAGCGCCCCCUGUGUCUGAUGGACAAAAACAUUUUUUAGGAAAAAACGUGCUUUUCUGUGAUUUCUUUCAAACAUAUUUGUCUCUUAAAUGCCGUACAGUCACAUGACUUCAUGAAUCAAACUUACAUAAGUUUAAUUGAAUAAAUACACAUGUGGAGCAUCAGA